CAGAGGUUGGGUGGUCUUACAGUGGAGCAGCUGUCACACUGUCUUUUACCAUGACGAGAUCAGGUGCCUUCAAACUCAGCAUUGUCUUCUUUCUCGCCUUCAUCCUGUGUCUACCAGAGUUUUUUCCAGAAAUAUCACAAAUUGAGUUUCUCUGUGAGCUGUUUGACCCUUGCACUCCUGAAAAUGAUGCACAGGUGUGUACUCCGGCUGACCCUCCAUGUGAGACAGAAACGAUAAAUGCCAGCAGUCAAAACAAACAUGGUGACGGUUGGUAUCUGUGUAAGACUGAAAUGGAUCUGCAGCUUCUCUACAACAAUACUUCACAGUCAGGAGAGCAUGUAAAGGUGGUACUGACAAUGAAGGCAGGCAAUCUCUCUGGAUGGAACAUUAGUGUGUUUGUGUUUCUCAACAACACUGAUCUGUACACUGGACCCCAAAAUGACCAGAGACUCUUCUACUGCUACCUCCCACCAGACGACAGCAAAUGUCCAGAUCUGGACAUAUCUAUGCAUGAAAACACCAGCACUCCGACACAAGACACCUCGAUUUUAAAAACCAUUACUUCUGCAAACCCAGCCGCCUCUUCGCUCAAAACAACUACACUAUCUUUCCAAGCAACAGCUUCUACGAAUGAGCUGAAGUGCCAACCAACCAGCAGCAGCAGUUUCCUCUUUUACUACCAGGAGCAAAAUGAAACAGCAAGAUCAGCUGCAUUUCCAGCGACGCAAACAAGAAGAGGACAAAAGUUCAGAAAGCAAAUACGUGAGGAACAGGAAGAAGAUAUACAUGCAGAGAUACAUACAGACAUUUACUGUAGAUCCUUGGGCCUGCACUAUACUGUAUAA